ACUGUUUUUAUUUGUGUUUCAGAACACCCUUAUCAUUGUCCAAGUGAGCAGUUUCUUGUAAAAGGAAAAACUUCUACGAUCCAUUGUCGUAUCAACGGAACUAAUUACCUUGAGUGGACUUUUAACAAUUCAUCACUCAGGAACUCAACCCGCCAUCUGGUUAAUGAAAUAGGCCUAACCAUCUCAGAGGUUGAGUUAUUAGAUGAAGGGAUUUAUUAUGUAACCGGACAUGAGGAGAAUACUGGAAAAUCUGUUUUUAGAAACAUCUCUGUCUCUGUUUAUUAUCCACCUCAUUUUCGUCGUUACUACGAGGAGUACACUUAUGACCAAGGAAGUUCUGCCAUCCUGAGGUGUGACGCCAUGGCCAAUCCAAGGUCUACAUACACUUGGACAAAUAAAUAUGGACACAUCAUAAACUCCAGUUAUUCUUCGAGAAUGUUAGUGGAUGCAUGGGGCUCACUACAUGUAGAAGAUCUCAGGUCUGAAGAUGCAGGCUUGUAUAGUUGUGGUGCUUCAAAUAGUCUUGGAUUCGCAAGUAAAGAUGUCCGAUUAAUCGUGUCGAUAUCGAAUAAAACAAUUUCAAAUGAAACUGAAUUAUUUCCCGAACUAGAAGUUGUCAACGUGACUGUAAACAGCAUCCAACUGUACAUAACCAGCAGCUCUUCUGAAUGGUUUAGCUAUUAUUACAUCACUUUCCGUAACCAGUACGACACGUAUAACACAACAGUCAGAAAACGUUUGAGCAGUGAUAUCUACACGUUAAUGGACCUCACACCAGGUGAUGCUUUCCGAAUCAAAGUAGCUGGAAAAAUGAACCUAUAUGAAGGCAAUAUGACAGAGUUUUCUCGUGAAAUUUUUGUCCAACUCUUACCACCUUCACCCUAUCUGAUUGUCAACCAUGUACAUGACAGUAGUGUAAAGCUGGAGUGGAUUCCUCGAGGUGCAUAUACUACAAGCUAUGGAUGGAAUGGCCUCAAAUCAGUCGAAAUCCAGUACCAACAGAUGACUCAGAAAAAUGGAGAACUUCAUAAGGAACAAAACUGUGAAGUCCUCAUUAUUAAGAAACCCUGUGCUGGCAAUACGCAUGUGAUUGGUGGACUUCCCAAACCUAAUUCACGUGUGUAUACCUUCCAAGUUCGGGUAGAGAAUGGCGCUGGUUUUAGUGAUUGGGUUUCAGUUUUUAUUAAAUAUUAGUUAAUAGAAACCAUAUCUGGAUAUUUCAAAGCUUAACUUUCA